GUAUGACGUCAAGACGUUAAGGGUGAGCUUGUGCACAUUUGCUGUCGUCUCGCGGGCCUGGUGACGUUCUAUUACUCGCUCGCCAAUUAACUAUUGCUCCCGCUGUAUUACCCUCUUAACCCUUAACUAUUACUCUUCCUGUAUUCCUGACUCCGGCCUGAUGUUACCGUUCCUGCUCCUGCUGCUGACACCGAGUCUCGGGCUUGUUGCUGCUUCCAGACCUGGGGUGGUGCUGUUCUUGGCCGAUGACCUUGGCUACGGCGACCUGGGCUGCUUCGGGCACCCGAGCUCCCAGACCCCGAACCUGGACCGGCUGGCGGCGGAAGGCCGGAGAUUCAGCGACUUCUACAGUGCAGCCAGUGUCUGCAGCCCAUCCCGGGCAGCUUUGCUGACAGGCCGCUACCCUACUCGGUCAGGGGUUUAUCCAGGCGUUUUCUACCCUUCAUCAAAGGGUGGUCUUCCACUAAAUGAAACCACCAUCGCUGAACUGCUAAAACAGCAAGGAUACAAAACAGCAAUGGUGGGUAAGUGGCAUUUGGGCUAUGGGCUCAAUGGGAGCUACUUACCCAUCCAUCAGGGCUUUGAUAAAUUCUUGGGCAUCCCCUACUCCCAUGAUCAGGGGCCCUGCCAGAACUUGACUUGUUUCCCACCAGACACCAAGUGCUAUGGAAAGUGUGACCAAGAUGUGGUCCUUAUGCCUGUGUUCAAGAAUGACGAGAUUAUCCAGCAGCCAGUCUACUUUCCCAAGCUCAUUCGACUGUAUGAUAACUUUGCAAGACACUUCAUUCUGAAAGCAGCAAAGCAGCAGAAACCAUUCUUCCUUUACUAUGCAUCACAUCAUACCCACUAUCCCCAAUUUGCUAGUGCUGGUUUCACAGGGAAGUCCAAGAGGGGCCCUCUGGGAGAUGCACUGAUGGAAUUUGACGCUUCGGUGGGGGUGAUAUUAGAUGCUUUACGAGAUGCUGGAGUGGAGAAUAAUACUCUUAUAUUCUUCACUAGUGACAAUGGCCCGGAGCUGAGGCGACAGUCACGUGGCGGGAAUGCAGGGCUGUUGAGGUGUGGCAAAGGCACAACAUACGAUGGGGGAAUGAGGGAACCUGCUAUUGCCUAUUGGCCUGGCCGGAUCACUCCAGGUGUAACCCAUGAGCUGGCCAGCACCCUGGAUAUCCUUCCGACAAUUGCCAGCAUCUCCGGUGCAAAGCUUCCACAGGUCAAGCUGGAUGGAUAUGACAUGAGUGAUAUCCUCUUCAAUAAUGGCAAGAGCAAGAGGAAGGCCAUGUUUUACUAUCCAGUCACCCCCAGCGAAAAACUGGGAGUUUUUGCUGUGCGUUAUGGAAAGUACAAGGCUCAUUACUACACUCAAGGUUCCAUUCUCAGUGAUACCAGCCCAGAUGAGUCCUGCCACUGGAGUGCACCAAUCAUGCGUCACAAACCUCCUCUGCUGUUUGACUUAGAGGCAGAUCCUUCUGAGAACUAUGGUCUCAGCUGCUAUGAACUUCCCACUUUCAACUCAAUAAUUGAACUGAUCCAGAACGAAACAAUCAAAUUUGAGUCUGGAAUGGAGUUUGGAGAAAGCCAAAUGGAGAGGGGAUUUGACCCUGUACUUGAGCCUUGUAUUAAACCUGAUUGCAAGCCACGACCUCAGUGCUGUCAACAGACGUAGCCUGGAAGAAGGAAGGAAAGCAAAAUACAACCUAACAAUUAUAUUACUAACACUUGCUAAUCUCACACUGAAGCUAUCCCAUUUUGGCUCUGAUUUGGAACAGUGAGAAAACUCCAGUGGUGUUCUGGCUGCCUAGAAUCUGUGGUUAAAUCCUUGGGUGCACAUGUGUAUUUGAGGAUGAAGUAAAGAGCAUCAUAUCCUUGUCAGGAAGAAAAUGCCAAGUAAAGAAGAGUCUUGUUUCCUUGUCCUGUUAAAAAUUAAAUCAUUGCAGUGUAUUUUAUUAAUCGCAGCUUCCUCACUAUUUGUUUGGCCAGUUGACAGUGAUGAUAAUACUGCAAUCCUAAUCUCCAAGUCUCCCAUUCUACCCACUCUGCCUGUGAUCCUCACUUUGUUAAAAUUGAGAUGCAAAAUAAUUUAAACUGAUUUUUCUUUUUUAAAAAAAAACCUCAAAACUAUAAAAUUCUUCCCCUCCAUUUAUCUCUUCUCCCGAAUUUGCUGGCUUUCAAAAAUCAUCUAAUCAAUAUAUUACUUCAUCUUCUCAAGUUCAUGCAUCAGUCUUGGUCUUGGAUAAGACUAGUCUUGCUUUUCCUCUGGAGUGUUAUGAUCUUGGACCAGACUGCCAUACUUGUAUUAUGAUCUUGCUAAGAAUUAGUAACUUUUUCUUUAAAGUCGACAGAAGUGUGACAUCCCAGGUCCUUACUAAAGGAAUAACAAUGCAAGAUCCCAAAGUUUUAUUCAAACAACAAGCAUUACUCUAUAAACUGAGAACAGUAAUACAAUCCACAAUAUAUAUACAAUUUUUAUUCUAACAACUAGAAUUAACCGGAGUUAAAUAUGGUUCACAGGCAAACCCUGUAGAAGUAUCAGAUAGCAAAUAUGUGCAAGACAGAUCCCAUAGAUUUCUUAGCAACCUCCCCAGACAUCGAUAGUCAGUCAUCAAAUUUUCUUUAAAACUUAAACAUUCUUAAAAUCGUAGAAUCCCUACAGUGUGGAAGCAGGCCAUUUGGCUCAUCGAGGUCACACCGACCCUCUGAAGAGCAUCCCACCCAGACUGACCCUAUCCCCACAACCCUACAUUCCCCGUGGCUAUUCCACUAGCCUGCACAUCUUUGGACUGUGGGAGGAAGCCAGAACUCUUAGAGGAAAUCCACGCAGACACAGGGAGAAGCUGCAAACUCCACACAGUUGCCUGAGGAUGGAAUCAAUCUGAAUCCGUGACACUGAGAGGCAGCGUGCACACCCCCAACUUUUUUUUUGAAAAAGGCUGAGCUUCAGAAUUCCCUCAAAAAAAAAUACCUGCUGUCAAAAUUUGUCUCAACGAGUGGUAACUUCUGGUGGUUCACAACUUUCUGAACCAGUUAUCCCCUUAAUUCUGGAAACUGGAUUCCAGUACUCUGGCACAAUUUGAUUUAUUUAUAGCUUCACCUAGCCAGUCUUGCUCGUAUUUCUCUGUACCCUAAUCAUUUUGCUCAGCUACACAAAAUAAAUACUGUGUGUAUAUCUUCACGCUCAGUUGCACUGAGAUAUUAAUGGAACUUUGCUUCUUGCAAACUUCCUUUGCCCCUAGAAUUCUCCUCAACCCUGACCUCAGUGCUUAGCUGCACCAGCUGGCUCCCUGGACUUCUGCCAAGUCCUAACUGGUUGAAGCCUACUGAAGCACCUUUUCAGGUUGGAGCCUGCUCCUAAUUAUCUGAAUAUCAACCCAAAAGUAGCAACAUUCUCCUCUGACUUCUGUCCAACUUUGUGAAUGUUUGAGUGACCUAUUGAAAACGCAGCACAAUCUCUACCCUUCAGUAUUGACUAUAGCUAAUAUUUGGGAACACUCAAAUGUAACAACACUUUGGAACUGCCAGAUAUUUGUACAUGCUGGCUUGCACAGUAUAGAAAGGGUACAAAAGGAUUCCAUCACAGGAGAGAAAAGAACUAGGAACAGAAGGCACACAUUCAGCCACUUUGAACUUGUUUGCUAUGCUGUUUAGUCAUGUUGAUUUGUGUGUCAAUUCCAUUUAUCUAACUAUCCCGUAACAGCCUUCAGCAACAGAAACCUAUCACUUUCAAUCUCGAAAGAUUGAAUUGACCACUAUCAUGGGAAAGUGUUCCAAAUUUGCACGAGUGUUUGUAUGAAGGAGUGUUUUUUUUCCCCCCCACACUGCACAAAAUUUUCUUUAUUUACAUUAUAUAAUUAGUUUAAAAAUCUUACAUCAUCCCCUCAGCCUUCUGAACUAAAGUGAAUCCAAAGCAGAGAGUGUGGUAUGUUAGAAAUCCAUUAAUGUAGACAGUAAUCAAAUCUUGUAUGUCUAAGCAAUUAUCGGUGUGUUUUACUGGGUAGAGAUUUUAUAACAGUUUUCUGGUGUUCGGUUUAAGCUGCUGCAGUGUGUGCUACAGUGCCAGGAGUAUUGCUGUGAUUCUGGUGAUCUCUUAUGGAACAAGAUGCGAUUUGUAAAAUUAACUCCAAUUGAUUAUAUUACUGUGACCAGCAAAGUUUAAAAUGUCUGAAGAGAGAACAAACUGCACUAAUUUAUCACUGUUAUAUGUAUGCUUAGGGUGUAAUAAAUGAAUGUAUCUAUA